GGGAGCCGACAUAACACAAGUGAUUCGAUGAAGGGAAUGUGGGAAAAAUGCUGAUUUUAGCAGACUGAAAUUGAGAGAAUCUAAGGAUUCGGUGCUGAAAUAAAAAGACAUCAGGAAGUAGUUACUCUGCCAUUUUAUCGUGAUCACAGAGCUUGGGAAGAAAGUCUUAAAAAAAAGAAAAAAAGAAUUCGAGAACGAUUCCUCGCGAGGUGGCGCACUCUAGCAGAGGUUCGGGCCGGAGGAUUCCCGUUUUCCUUCCUGGUCGUGUCUAUCGAUUGCGUGCGUGGGGUGGCCGGCAUGGCAGAGGUCGACGAAUAUCAGGAUUUUCAUAACGGCUCACCGGGAAGUUAGAGCCGUCACCGGAGAGAAAAUGUUGCUCGGGAUCGAGAGAUGAUGCCGGGCUCGUCUCCACAGACGGUGACUUCCAACGGCGGACCCGAGUGGGAUACGCUGAUGGAAGUUCACCACGAGCCAAUAGAGAAGAACUAUGUCCUGCACGAAGAAAUCGGCAAGGGUCAGUUUGCAGUGGUUCGAAAAUGUACAGAAAUCAAGACAGGUGCUGUAUUCGCGGCUAAGAUUAUGCGAAAGAAAAGGGUGGCUAGAGGCGUGGCUGCUGCUGACAUAGCGAGAGAAGCUGGCUUGUUGGCACGUCUGAGACACCCUAAUAUCGUUUCGUUACAUAAAGUAGUUGACACUGGCACAACGGUCGUGUUGGUGCUAGAACUUAUUUCUGGUGGAGAAUUGUUUCAUUGGAAUCCAUCGGGUGAAACAGAGGCUGCGCAUGUGGUAAGGCAGGUGUUAAUGGCGCUAUGUCAUUUACAUUCCCAUCAAGUGGCCCACCUGGACAUAAAACCAGAAAACAUACUUCUUUCGACACCUCCGCCGAUGCCUAGCAUAAAACUGAUAGAUUUAGGUUUGUCUCACCGAUUGACCCCCGGUUCGGAACACCGUGCCUUGUUCGGCACUGCUGAAUUUGUGGCUCCAGAAAUAGUGAACUAUGAGCCCUUAAGCUUGGGAACCGAUCUCUGGGCAGUUGGUGUUUUAACUUAUAUUCUCUUAAGCGGGGCAUCACCUUUCCUCGGGGAGAACAAGCAAGAGACCUAUGCAAACGUGGCGGCAUGUCAGUAUCAAUUUGACGAAGAGUACUUCAGUUCGGUGUCAGUAAUUGCCAAGGAUUUCAUUCGAUCUUUGUUGAUCAAAGAUCCGAAGGAGAGGGGAAGUGCAGAGUCGUGCCUUAAACAUCCUUGGAUCCUUGCGGAAUCUGAAAGCUGUCAUGGUCUUGGAUCAGCUGUAAUUAGCGCAGUAAAACGUGGCUGUGUCGAGUCGGUGUCUCAAUUACUUCAGCAGGGAGCACCGUUGAAUGCUAAAGAUGCGAAGGAAGAUACCCUUUUACAUUUAGCAUGUGAGGUCGGAGACGAAGGAAUAGCUUCCCUUCUUAUAGACAGCGGAGCUGAAUUAGAUGCAGCGAAUAAAAUGGGUCUGACACCACUGCACGUAGCAUCUAGACAUGGACACAUCAACCUGGUACGACUUUUGUGUCUUGCUGGGUGCAAUGUAGACAAAUCAAACAAAGGAAUUCGUGCUGAUGUGACAGCGAUCAAGUAUGGUCAUCAGGACAUUGCCAGUUUAUUAGACAAGCUCAGGAAUCCGAUGCAUCGAGAAAAUUAUAUAAAACAGUUGCAACCAACUCAUCGAGCAAUUGAUCGGCUGCACAUAAGACUGUUAGGCCACUGUGCUUCGGGGAAAAGUUCUCUUGUGAGUUCGUUAAAGUCUGGCAUUUUCAGUUUUGGAUUCUUCCGAAGGUCCAAAAGUCAAAAUUGUACGAUGAAGAGGGAGCCAAGUAUUGAGUUAGACGUAACUAGUAAACAUGGGUCGCUCAGUUUUGAAUACAGCGACAGCGAAUAUGAAGGUACCGUUGGGGUAGAAUGGAGUCGAGGGAAUGUAGGAGGUGAAUGUGUAUUCUGGGAGAUGUGCGGCCGCGAAGAAUUUCUUACAUCAUAUCACUACGUUUUAACCUUUCAACAACCAGCGGUCCAUCUUGUAACGAUAAGUCUGAGAGAACCCAUCACCGUUCAGUUACAGCAAGCAAGAUUUUGGCUCCGAUUCAUUCUAGAUCGAGUUCCUCCACACAAUAUCGGUAAGAGAACAGUAAAUAUAUUUUUUCCAUUGUAUAUAACCCCUAAUGUAUUCUUUGUCGGUGAAGGCUUUGGAGGCAAGUGCACCGAUAUCAAAGUAAUUCUUGUGGGAACUUACGCUCCGGAACCACUGGCGCCAGGUUCCAAUGGAUCUGCUCUCCUGGCACCAUUGCUGCCGUUCCUACAAGAAUUUUCACCAAUUCUUGGAGAAGAACCCUUGACGGUGGCUCUGGAUGCAACCAACCCUUCGAGUCCUGGCCUGAAGCAGCUUAGGUCAUACUUGACCAAUGCAAGAAUGGAGUUCCUCGAGGAUGGACCGGAGAUCACAUCGGGUAAUCAUCGACGUGACGUGUCUUGUGCCGCAGCCUCAUACGUGCCCCUGGCGAAUCUUGACAAACAGGGCGCCAUGGUGUGGACCGGUCUACUCGAAGCAUGGAGAACAUACAUCCAGGCUCUCGAAGAUCCUCCGGUGAUGCUCACUCUCCAGGAGUUCCUCGCAGAGGUUAGGAAGAUCAAUCCUCUGGUAUCGCUGGAACAUUGUAGGCAACUUUUGCAGCAGUUGCAGACUUUAGGGGAAUGCUUGGUUCUGUCCUCCGAACUGGUGGUUCUGAGUCCUGAAUGGUUGUGGAAAGAUGUGAUCGGUUGGCAGCUGAGUCCGGAACAGAGAGGCAGGCUUGGAGGACGGACCACCGGAGUCUACACUUUGGAAGACUUCCAAGCUAGAUGUCCUUGUCCUGCGGGACAGGCUUUGCAAGCUCUGCAAGCAGUGGAUCUCUGCGUACCGUGUGAGGUUGAUGAAGACGAGGUGGAAUUUGAAAUUCCUUGCCUGAACCUGGUGGAGCGACUCCCAGGAUUAUGGGAACCUUGGAAACAGAGUUCAUCGCAGCCUCAUGCCGGGCUUCGCCUUCGACCAUCGGAAGCUCCCCUCUACCACCUGUCCCCCGUAUUCCCCCAUCUUCAGGCCCAGCUAAGGAGGAUUACUCAAUCCUGGGACCCGAGUGAGUCAGAUUUGUAUCAAUGGUGGCGGGGAUCGAAGCUCUGUGCAGGACCCUGCGAAUCCCUGGUAACUUUUGAAGAGGAAGAGCAGGGAUACAUCGAGGUCAGAGUUCGCGGGCCUCGUGGGACAGGUGCCCAGUGUUCGGCACUUCUUGGAGUGGUCCUCGACGCGAUAGACUGCAGCGUGGAGAACGUUGCUCCAGGGAUGCUGCUCGAGCGCCACUGGCUGAGCCCCAGCCAACUGCGCGACUACGACGAGGUGAUACAUUCCUGGGAGCCAUCGGUGCUCCUCUCGGCGCUGCUGGAGAAGAGCUUGGAGGAGGCGCGCUUCAAGAACCCGUUCAAUGGGAAACAGGAAAGCGUCUGGGAGAUCGUGGGAUGUGGCAUGCCCCUGCCGGAAGGCUUCGUCCCAGGGCCUCGUCAGUCGGUGAAGAACAUAAAGCCUGCAAUUCAGAGAAGACUGGCCCAAAUGCUCGAUCCACCAGACCCUCAGGGUAGGGACUGGUGUCUGCUGGCCGUUAGGCUGGGACUGGGAGACCGCGUGGCGCAGCUCGACAGCACUGCAGACAGUCCUACUCUUAGACUGCUAGGCUGUGCCAACUCGGAGUGCAGCAUCGGCACCCUGGUCCAGCAACUUCGGGCACUGGGGCGCGAAGACACCGUCCGAUUGUUACUUUCGCACACAUCGAUUCACGUGCUCUCUGUGUCGGGCGACUCCGAGACCGGGUCGAACCUCUCGAGAUGACGCUCUCGUCGCCGGGUGAUAACUACUUUUUAGCUUCUUUUCUAACGAAUUCUAAAUCACACCGAGUAUUUAAACGAAUUUGCCAAAGCGCUGAACGGUUCCGCCCAUUACCUCCGUGAAUCUGAAGGAAGAGAACCUCGGACGUAACCGUUGAUUUCCUCCGAUGAUUCCUGUACAUCGACUGUUGAUUAGUAUUUUAUUGCUAGGAAUCGACCAUUUUGAAUCCUUCGUUUUCCUUUUAUUUCUUAUUUUCUCUCUCUGUGUGUGUGUGUGUUUUUUUUAUUUUGGUUCUUUAAGUCGUCGAGACUGGGUUUAUAGUACAGCAACGAGGUGCUCGAUCGUUUAAGCGUUUCAUUGGUGACUUUGUUCUAUCACUGCCUAUGUAGCGAAUAACGUUUGCAGCAGGCUAAGCACUCGCCUCGCGUUUCGUUUACCGAAGGUUAUUGUACUUACGUGCUUCUUGCAUAUUUAUAUACGUUAAGACGCGCAGGUGGCAAUGAGCAACGCCAUCCGGGGAGCGAAAGGCAGGAGCUGCAUAAUCACUACUUUAAGGAUUUAUCGCUUGGUACGAUUAUUCAUUGCGUAGUGUUUCGUACUUAAAUCACUAAUGUUAUCGCCUUCGCCAUGUGCCAUGAUAUAUCACUGUUUGCUCAUUAUCUACUGGCGUAACGUCGAACACUUUUUACCGCGGCUUUGCGAGCGUCGUCGGGCUGUUUAGGAAUGAUUAAUUCGCUUAGGCCAUGGACAGGUACAUUUGGUUACCGUUGAUCUUACAAACUGUGCAUAUCAGCUGAUCCCUCGACGCUCAUUCGUUUCUUUGUCCCGGGGUAUAUUCCUACUUUGGAGAAAUCAAUUAUUUUUCUUAUUUCGAGGAUUAAUCGAGUGCAAAUGUGCCUGCCUCGCGGAGUAACUCUCCUUAGCGUGCGGACGAAAAGCCGGUGGAUUUAUUGCUCUUGUGUGUGCGUGUGCGUGUCGCCUUAUCCUUGCCGACUCGGGUGAACAGAGACAAGUAGCUGUUUACGAGGAAUACAAUUUAAGGGCUCGACGAGAGGUCGUACCGUUUAAGCAACCGUAAAGCGUCGUUUCCUUCGACCUGACAAAGCAACACACAGGAAGAACACAUUCGUCCAAAUUGCUCCAUCGACCUCUGUAUAAGAUAUUUAUCGACAUUUUUCGGACACGAGAAAUCUCAGCCGUACUUCGACUAUGUGAAAAGUGCCAAAGAAUAGGUGAUAGUCAAUAUUUAAUCUGACUGAUCGGCACCAAGAGACCACUUCUAUCGGACCGCAGACUUUGAAAUUCGUCGGUCGUUACUGUUAUAUAUNUAUAUAUAUCAGGAAUUUCACGCGUGGAUGCGAUUUUCUGGCUCGUAAUUAGAACCUCUCGUCACGCACUUUCCAACCACGUGACCAGAAACUGUUCGUACUGGCGAAGUUAGGUAACUUUGAUAAAAGACUAAUCUCUUAUACAAGCGUUUCUCUACUCAUAUCGUGGAACUCUAAUUUCUUGUGAUAUAGCUUAAUUAAUCAGCUUGCGAUGUCAGUCGCAUCGACGGAACAGGAAAGUAUCUUCUAGGCUGUACUCGCUGCAUUUACAAGUAAUGUAAUUAUUACUACGAUAACGAGGGCUUUCUUCGAGUGUCCGCAAUGUAUUCGUCUCUUUUCCGACACUUUCCUUUUAUAUAUACAUAUACAUACAUAUAUAUAUACAAGUAAGAGCACCGAUUCAUCGAGAUGAAACGUCGGAAUGAUUUCUCACUAAUACACGAUGGCACAACGUGAUUGUUUACCGAAGAACUUUAUAUUUAUUCGCAUAUAAUUGUGUACUAAGGAGUGUACGAGACGUAAUAAAAGCACGUAU